GCUGCAUGGUUCGGCCUAUAUGUCUUCUAUCUGUCAAUGACUACGCAUAGAGGGGGGUGGGAGGGACUGUGGGAGUGGUUUACACUUUACAGGUCUAUAUAUAUGUGUGCCCUUUUAUACUUAUGAGGAAGCCCCCUCCAUAACCCAUUUGCAGAGCUUUAUUUGGAGUAAAACAAUGGCUCCUUUCAUGAUAAUUUUGGGGUUGUUGUUUGUCUUAGUCGUCUCUAUCUGCACUGCUUUGUUGAGAUGGAAUGAGCUGAGAUACAGUAAGAAAGGUUUGCCACCUGGUACCAUGGGCUGGCCAAUCUUUGGUGAAACCACUGAGUUUCUCAAGCAAGGUCCCAACUUUAUGAAAAACCGAAGAGCAAGGUAUGGCAGCUUCUUCAAAUCCCAUAUACUGGGGUGUCCUACGGCAGUUUCCAUGGAUCCAGAGCUCAACAGAUAUAUCCUAAUGAAUGAAGCCAAAGGGCUUGUUCCUGGUUACCCACAAUCCAUGCUUGAUAUCUUGGGGAAAUGCAACAUUGCAGCGGUUCAUGGCUCCACUCAUAAGCUAAUGAGACGAGCUUUGCUUUCCCUCGUUAGUCCCACUAUGAUCAGAGAACGACUCUUGCCCAAGAUAGAUGAAUUCAUGAGAACUUUCCUCUGUAAUUGGGAAAACAAAGUCAUUGACAUACAGGAAAAGACCAAAGAGAUGGCAUUUUUAUCGUCUCUUAAGCAAAUUGCCACUGCUGAAUCCACUUCAGUAGCUCAGGAAUUCAUGCCUGAAUUCUUUAAGCUGGUGUUGGGGACCUUAUCCCUUCCUAUCGAUCUUCCCCGUUCGAAUUAUCGAGGCGGACUUGAGGCAAGGAAAAAUAUUCUGAGAAUAUUAGGACAACUCAUAGAAGAGAGAAGAUACUCUGAAGAACCCCACAAGGACAUGCUUGGGUGCUUGAUGAGAAAAGAUGAUAGUAAUAGACACAAACUAAGUGAUGAUGAGAUCAUUGAUCAAAUAAUCACGAUUUUGUAUUCCGGUUACGAGACUGUUUCGACUACAUCGAUGAUGGCCGUCAAGUAUCUCCAUGAUCAUCCAAGAGUUCUCGAAGAGCUAAGAAAAGAACAUAUGGAAAUUAGAGAAAAGAAAAGGCCAGAGGAUCCAAUUGAAUGGAAUGAUCUUAAGCCAAUGAAGUUUACUAGAGCUGUGAUUUUUGAGACAUCAAGAUUAGCAACCAUUGUUAACGGAGUUUUAAGGAAAACUACUGAAGAAAUGGAACUAAAUGGAUUUGUGAUUCCUGAAGGCUGGAGAAUUUAUGUAUAUACAAGAGAGAUAAACUAUGAUCCUUGUACAUAUCCUGAUCCAUUAGCCUUUAAUCCCUGGAGAUGGAUGGAGAAGGGCUUGGAAUGUCAAAGUAAUUUCCUGAUAUUCGGAGGAGGCACCAGGCAGUGUCCUGGAAAGGAACUAGGAAUUGCAGAAAUCUCUACCUUCCUUCAUUAUUUUGUAACUAGAUACAGGUGGGAAGAAGUAGGGGGAGAGGAGCUCAUAAAUUUUCCAAGAGUCGAAGCACCAAAUGGACUGCACAUUAGGAUUUCAUCAUACUGACCCCACAGAUGUAUGUAUGUACAUAAGAGACGGUAACUGCUAUGAGUUGGAGUUGACUCUGAGGUCAAAGUACGAGGGUUUGGGUAAUGUCAGAAUUUUUGCCUCACUUCCACUUGGGGGAUCUGGUUUUGGACAUGCUAGAGAAGAUGGUUUGCCCGUUGGGGGGGGGGUUUGGCGGUAAACGGUAUAAACGACUUUUUUCUUCUUUUAACUGUGGAUUAUUGGACCACUGGGACGGUGGAGAAGGUCCAAUUGUCGUGUAUGAUCACAAUUGGAAGAGAGGAGGAUGUAGAAUUACCAUGUUCUAACAAAACUUUAAAUGCC